CGAUUCCAUUUGUCGACGACUCAAACAUAUCCGCCGAAGAAACCUCUUUCACUAAGAAAUCAUCCAAACCUGAAGAAAAAUCAAUCUUCCCGGAGAACAAACAACGCCACCGCCGGAAAACCGCCGUAUCGACCGUAAUCGGAGAAAUCGAUCCACAAAUCGUACUUUACAGAUUCGCAGCAGGAUCAUCCACCAACAAUGUCAGGCCUCCUCGAAGGAAUCCCAGACGCAGUCGCUCUACGCUGCCUCGCGCACGUCCCCUUACACCACCACCCAAACCUAGAGCUCGUCUCCCGCUCCUGGCGAUCCGCGAUACGCAGCGACGAGCUCUUCAAAGUCCGCAGCGAAGAGAAAUCGUCAGAGAAUCUCCUCUGCGUCUGCGCCUUCGAUCCCGAGAACAUCUGGCAAGUCUACAGCCCAAACUGCAACCGCUGGCUCACUCUCCCUCUCCUCCCUUCGAGAAUCCGCCACCUCGCUCAUUUCGGAGCCGUCACCGCCGCCGGAAAGCUCUUCGUCUUGGGCGGAGGCAGCGACGCCGUUGAUCCGUUGACCGGCGAUCACGACGGCACGUUCGCGACCGACGAGGUCUGGUGCUACGACUUUGUGAAGAGGCGUUGGACGCAGAGAGCGUCGAUGCUUGUGCCUCGUUCUAUGUUCGCUUGCUGUGUUCUCGAUGGGAAGAUCGUUGUUGCUGGAGGAUUCACCACGUGUCGUAAAUCGAUUUCUGGAGCUGAGAUGUAUGAUCCCGAGAGCGAUGUGUGGACUUCGAUUCCUGAUCUCCACAGGACUCAUAACUCGGCGUGCUCGGGUUUGGUUGUGAAAGGGAAAGUUCACGUUUUGCAUAAAGGGUUAUCGUCAGUGCAGGUUCUUGAGAGUGUUAAGCUAGGAUGGGCUGUGAAAGAGUAUGGUUGGCCUCAAGGUCCAAUGGCUGUUGUUGAGGAUGUUCCUUACGUUAUGAGCCAUGGAGUGGUGUACAAGCAAGAAGAGGAUGAUACGUGGAAGAUGGUUGCGUCGGCGUCUGAGUUUAAGCCGAGGAUUGGAAUGGCGAUGACGAGUUUAAGCGAUGAGGUUUUGCUUGUAGGAGGUGUGAUUGGACCUGAUAGGCAUAAUUGGGAUAUUAAGCCGUUGUCUGAUGUGGAUGUUUUGUCGGUUGGGAGUGAUCGUCCGGCGUGGAGGAAGGUAGCUCCGAUGACUAAGUGUCGUGGAACGGUGCUUGGAUGUACGCAGCUGACAAUCUGAUGGGAAUGUGAUGUUAAGACUACGUAUUUACUGUUUUUCUUUGUUUUGUAACCCACUUUUCUUUUUGAUCAUAGUAUGUCUUUGUUAUAA